CUUGGUUCUCUUCCUAUAUAAGAUAGCAGCAGCUCACUUAUGGAGAGUUCUUUGAAUACAUUUCUUCAACCUCAACCUUCUCUCCAGCCUCGAUCCCCUCCUGUUCAACCUUGAGUUGGACCUUGAAGGCUUCUGAUUGCUCCAACACCUUUCAAAUCUUCUCAUAUACACGACGUUCAAGAUGGCAAAGGGCAAGAUCACCACGAUCCUCCUGGACUGUGACAACACGCUCGUCCUCUCCGAAGAUCUCGCUUUUGAGGCCUGCGCCGAACUCGCCAACGAGAUCCUCGAAAAAAAGAACGUAGCCGACAGGUUUACAGGCCCGUCUCUCCUCAAAACCUUUGUCGGCCAGAAUUUCCGCGGCAUGAUGACAUCUCUCUGCUCAAAAUACAACUUCACGCUCACCGACGACGAAUUCGACUCCUACGUCUCGCGCGAGCUCGGCGCCGUCGUUGCCAAGCUCGAAAAAGAUGCACAGCCAUGUCACGGAGUCAUGGAUGAACUCAACAAAAUCCACGCAAACAAAACAUACCACAUGGCGGUCGUCUCAUCGUCGGCUUUAUCCAGGGUUCAAGCGAGUAUUGCAAAGGUCGGUAUGGAUAUCUUCUUCGACCCCAAGCACGUGUAUUCCGCGGCUACAUCGCUGCCGACGCCAACGUCGAAGCCGGAUCCAGCGGUUUAUAUCCAUGCGUGCAAGGAGUUGGGGGUUGAGCCUGGAGAGUGUGUGGCGGUUGAGGAUAGCAGGUCGGGGGCUACGGCGGCGAAGAGGGCGGGGAUUCCGUUGAUUGGGUAUGUGGGGCCGUAUGAGGAAGAGGAAAAGGUGAAGAUGAGGAAGGUGCUGAAGGAGGAGUGCGGGGCAGUGGUUGUUAUGGAACAUUGGAGGGAGUUUCCGGAGGCUUUGAGGAUAGUUGAGGAGGCAGCUGCUUGA